AUGGAAACGGACGACUUUAUGUCGAUGAGCGAUGAUAUGUACUACACGUGUUUGUGCACGCCGUUGUUGUGUUUUCUGCCAGAGAACUUCACUUUCAACAGCACCUACUUUAGUUCAGAUGGUGAAUACUCCGACUCGGAUUAUUCAAUUGACGAUAGUUUUUGCCACGUUGAUGACGACGCGAUAAACUUGGCUGGAAGGAUAACAUUGAUAUUAACCUACGCAUUGACUGUGACGUUGACGAUCAUCGGAAACACCAUGGUCAUUGUGGUACUAUUAUGUGGGUCCAGAACCAUGUCCGAAUUAAACAAAUUCAUCGUUAAUUUAGCAGUGGGAGACAUGGCAAUGGGCAUAUUCUGUAUGCCAUUUACGUUUAUUCACGGGAUGUUACGGAAGUGGAUUUUUGGCGAAGCCAUGUGUCCGUUGAUCCUCUUCCUGCAACAGGUUUCUGUCGGAGUAAGCAUAUAUACGCUAACGGCUAUUGGUAUUAACCGCUAUCAAGCAGUAACUAACCCCAUAAAGGCGAAAGUGUCGACGUCAAGAACCAAGUUUAUCAUACUGGGCAUCUGGGUGUUAUCACUUAUCAUAUCGAUAGAACCGCUGAUCAAUGCGAGGGCCGUGCUGAAAGAAUCCCGUAAUGGUGACUGGUACUACCAAUGCGAUGAACAUUGGUCACAUCACAGCACCUCCAUCGUGUAUGAAGUGUGUAUGUUUCUAUUUGUAUUCGCAGUGCCACUAGGUGUACUAGGGUGGACGUACACCAAAACGGCGGUUAUUAUCUGGAAACGAUCGUUGCCAGGCAACGCCCAUAGUAACAGGGAUGCGGCACAUCUCACCGCAAAGAAAAAGAUAUUGAAGAUGUUGAUCGUAAUUGUUAUCGCAUUCGCUGUCUGCUGGCUGCCAUUGAAUAUAUUCAACAUCAUUAUAACUAUUGACCAACGAUAUUUAAAACAUUCGAAAUACUACAAGAUGGUCAUCGGUGUCUACCUCACCUGUCAUUGGUUGGCGAUGGCAAACAGUUUCCUGAAUCCCUUCGUAUAUACGUUUUUGAACGACACAUUCAGGGGAGACCUAAAACGUCUUAUCAAACGUAUUAGACACAACGACGCAUCCUUGGUUCAUAGAAGAAGAUUCGGGUUUUCCGUCUCAUCUAAUGAUGGACCAAGUCGUUCAUUGCGGAGUACACUGACAACGACAGUGUCAUCCGGAUUCCAGAAAAGAAAAGAGCUCCGCUUCGCUGAAAAUAACGCAUAA